AGUCCGACCACAGCGACUUCAAUUAGGGAACCUUAAGAGUUCUGAAUAUGGGAUUCAAUUUCGAUUGGCAAAUGGGAUCAUCUUGACGUCCCACCGCCACCAUGUUUCGGAAGCACCAUCCUCUCACGCAAGCAACGAGCGACAGGCGUCGACGCGACGCUGCUCCACCGCGGUGAUUCAACCCGAACGCCGUCGAAUACGAACCGCCCCCUCCCUCCCUCUUAACCCUGUCUCUUCGUCGAGGAAAUGACCGUUGCCACCACCGCUAACGGCGAAGAAGAUGACGACUAACGCGACCCUCCCAGCCGCCUGCGCCAACCGUCACUACCUCACCCGCCCCCACCCCCACCGCCACGGCCGCGCCGCCGCAUCUGCCGCCGCCAUCGUCGCCCUUCUCAUCGCCACCUCCGCAUGGCUCUCCCUCGUCUUCAACCCCCCCUCCCUCCGCCUCCACUACUGGUCCCACAUCCGCUUCUCCGCCUCCCCCCUCCUUUCCUAUUCCUCGUUUCCCCCUCUGUCGGGCCCCUCCCCCCGCCUCCCUUCCACAGAUGCCCCUCCCUCCCACCACCACCACCGAGACAACGAGGGCGAUGACCGCCUCGCGCCGCUCCACCUCCGCCACAUUGUCUUCGGCAUCGGCGGCUCCGCUCACCUCUGGCAGCGCCGCCGCGAGUUCGUCCGCCUCUGGUGGCGUCCCGGCGCCAUGCGUGGCUACGUCUGGCUCGACGACCGCGUGCCCCGCGCACCCCGCAACUCCUCCCUCGCCCGAUCCCUCCCCCCGGUCCGCGUCUCCGAGGACAUCUCCCGGUUCCGCUACACCAACCCCACCGGCAACCCUUCCGGCCUCCGCAUCGCCCGCAUCCUCGCCGAGACCGUCCGGAUCGGCCACCGUGGCGCCCGGUGGUUCGUGCUCGUCGACGACGACACCAUCAUCUGCCCGGAAAACCUCGUCGCGGUGCUCGCCAAGUACGAUUGGACCGAGAUGGUGUACGUCGGGGGGCCAUCGGAGAGUCACUCGGCCAACACGUACUUCAGCCAUUCGAUGGCGUUCGGGGGCGGUGGGAUCGCCAUCAGCAAUCCUCUGGCUGAGGCUCUCGCCGGGAUGAUGGACGAGUGCAUCGAGAGGUACCCGAAGCUGUACGGCAGCGACGACCGGUUGCACGCCUGCGUCUCUGAGCUCGGAGUCCCUCUAACUCGCGAGUAUGGUUUCCACCAGUGGGAUAUUAGGGGAAGUGCCCAUGGUCUGUUGGCUGCCCACCCUAUUGCUCCUUUCAUCUCAAUACACCAUGUUGAAGCUGUUGACCCCCUCUACCCUGGCUUGAGCUCUCUUCGAAGCCUGAAGCUUUUCACCAAGGCUAUGGAGUCUGAUCCUCUAAGUUUCUUGCAAAGAUCAAUUUGUUAUGAUAAGAGGAAGAAGCUUACAUUCUCAAUCUCGCUGGGUUACGUCAUCCAAGUGUUCCCGUCCAUUGUCCUUCCACGAGAGCUAGAACGCUCUGAACGGACUUAUGCCGCUUGGAACAAGCUUAAUUCCAGGAAUGAAUUUGAUAUUGACACAAGGGAUGCAUACAGGUCUGUGUGCAAGAAGCCUAUUCUAUUUUUCUUGAGAGAUGUUGAAAGAGUUGGAAAUACAACUCUAAGUUCAUAUAGAAGAGCUAAGGGGAGGGAUGAUCUCAAGAACAAAUUAUUAUGUUUUCCUCGAUCCCUUCCGCUGCCUGACGUGAAUGAAAUUCAAGUCUUUGGUACUCCAAUGAGAAAAAAUUGGCAUUUGGUACCUAGAAGGUUGUGCUGUAAGCUAAGUCAAAGACAUAAUGGGACUCUGGGAAUUGCAGUUGGACAGUGUGAGCGUGGAGCUUCUGGAUCUGCUGCUGAUUCCCUGUGACCAUUAAGGAGCAUUAACUUGUAUACCAUCUGACCAGAUAGAAUGCCUGAUACAUGGUGAUCGUCAUAAGCAAAAGUUUCUAUUGGUUCCAGGCUUCAAGUUUAUUAUCUCAUGCUUGGAGUUGUUCUUUGGAAAAUGGAGCAUUAACAUUUCGAAAGGGAUAUGGCAGCAGAGCAUGUGAAGGCCCAUCUGCAAACCUCUCGAGUCUUCUUCAUCUGAUGAGCCACACAAAGGGGCAGCUCUCCCAACCUGCAAGCUCAAAAGUAAGUACCAGAGCCGAGGUUAGGUGUGUUUCGACCACCACCACCUAAACCUUCCUCCAAUUCAAUGGGAUGUGCCUCGCGUUUAAUGGCUUUCCCACAUGGUUCUCGAAUGAAGGCCGGCGGGCUCGCAUUAACCCGCCGCAUGCGUCAUUUCGCGGCCACCUUUAAAGUCGGAGUGGGUGUUGUGGACCGCAGGAGUUGCAGAUCUCGUUGGAGCAACUCAUCUCCAUUACUGCCUGUUGGCUCGCUUUAGCUGUCCACUUCAAUUUCCUCGCAUAUCAGACCUUUGGUAUGUAUGAUUUAUGAGUUAUGAUGGAGAGAAUAUCGUUAAUCA